UCCACGCCCGCAGCCAUGCCAUCCAAGGGCCCGCUGCAGUCGGUGCAGGUCUUCGGACGCAAGAAGACAGCCACAGCUGUGGCGCACUGCAAAUGCGGCAAUGGUCUCAUCAAGGUGAACGGGUGGCCCCUGGAGAUGACUGAGCCGCGCAUGCUACAAUACAAGCUGCUGGAGCCAGUUCUGCUUCUCGGCAAGGAGCGGUUUGCUGGUGUCCGUAUGAAGGGUGGUGGUCACGUGGCCCAGAUUUAUGCUAUCCAUCAGUCCAUCUCCAAAGCCCUGGUGGCCUACUACCAGAAAUAUGUGGAUGAGGCUUCCAAGAAGGAGAUCAAAGACAUCCUCAUCCAGUAUGACCAGACCCUGCUGGUAGCUGAUCCUCGUUGCCGCGAGCCCAAAAUGUUUGGAGGCCCUGGUGCCCAUGCUCGCUACCAGAAAUCCUACCGAUAAGCCCAUCAUGACUAUCAAAAUUCACCUGUAUAAUAAACAGUUUUUGAGGGA